GUCUAAUACAGUAAGCGAAACCAGCCGGCGGCUGAGCCGCCGUACUUUUGUAAACAUGAUAAGCAUGUAUUAAUAAUAGUAGUAGUGGUAUACGAAGAGAAAAGUAUAUAGAUAAACAAAGGCUGUAUUGAUUGUUAUUGUUUUGACGGCUAUAAAUAGUUCAGCAAUAAAGACAGCUGGGGAUCAGUUUGAUCCAGUGAGUGAACAGCUAAAUUCAGUGUUAUUACUUUCUCUACUCACGGACAUAUCAGUUGUCGACGAGGGAAAACGAAUAAGUUGAGAAAGUGAAAUUGCGUGCAUAGUUGGCAGUUUCGGGUCGGCAGUGUUGUGAUCGCGGUCGGAGUGAAAUUCGGUAGCGUGUGCGGCAGUCCAAUUGGAGAAGAAGUUGGCAUUUGGUGCGUGAAGCUUGAGCGUCGGUUGAAGUGGGCAGUGAGAAUAGACCACCCGGCUGGCUUAUUGUCUGGUUGUGUAAAUUCACGCACCCGGGGGCUGGUGAUUGUGGUGAUUCGCACAAGCCAUUUGGUACUCAUCUGUGUUUUUCAGCCGGUCGGAAAGCGACGCAGCAGCAGCAGCAGCAAAUUGUGAUUUAUGACGGUGAAGAAUUGGACGGCGACCUGGUGACAUAGAAAGUGAAAUUGUAAAAACCGGUUGGUGCAGUGAUUCGACGGAUCUCGUUCGGACGUUGGGAGCUUAUCGAAGCCAGGACAGCAGCAUCGCAGGAAUCCAGGAAGUAUCGCUAGCGGUAUCUAAAAGGUACGUGUUUUUUUUUGCUUUGUGUUUAGUUUGGAGUGCGCACAAUUUUGAUCAAUUGAUACGGUGCAGCAAAAUGGCGUUAAUCGGCACGAUCGAUGCGUAUGUGCCCGGCACCAGUUUCUCAAACUAUGUAGAGUUGAUAGAGUAUUUCUUUUCGUCUAAUAAUAUUGCGGAGGAACGAAAGAAGGAUAUUUUUAUGAGUUGUGCAGGUUUAGCAGUUUUUGAGGAGUUGAAGCUUCUGUAUCCGGCUACGGACCUUAAAACAUUGUCCUAUGCAGAGAUUACUAAAAAACUAAAGGAAAGGUUGGAUAAAAUUGACUCGGAAAUAAUGUUGAGGUACAAGUUCCGUUGUAGAAGACAGAGUCCCGGUGAAAGUGGAGAAAACUAUAUAUUGGCAGUCAAACAUUUGGCAGAAUCCUGCGAUUUUGGCACUUUUCGAGAUUCUGCCAUUCGCGACCAAUUAGUAUUCGGUGUAUACAACAGAGAGUUGCAAAAGCGGUUAUUGAAUGAGGAAGAAUUGAAUCUCAGGUCGGCGGAGAGGAUUAUCAAGGGUUUCGAAAUGGCGAAUAAUAAUACUCUGUACUUUGCUGAAACAGGAGCAGGAGUAGGCGUUAAUUCUGUAAAACAUCGCCUUGGUGGUAGGUCAUCUAGGAUGGACAGAAAAGAUCGUAGCCGUAGCCGGUCGAGAGAAAGGAAUUUUAGCAGGAAUAGAGAUUCACGAACGAAUUAUAGAAAGUUUGAAGGACGAUCAAGGUCGGGCCAGCGAAUUUCGAGUCGAGGCAGAUACGCCAAUUUUGUCUGCCAUUUUUGUAGGAAGCGCGGUCACAUCCAGAAGAAUUGCUACCGGUACAAAGACAGUCAAGGUGAAUCGGUCAACUAUGUUAAGGAAGAACCAAAUCCUAAGGAGGUCCAGGUCCACGACUACUUUAAAAGACUUCGAGUAGAUUAUAGCUCUGAAAGCGAAGAAGAAGAUCUCCAUCGGAUCGACACUCAUCUCGGCCCACAAGGGGCAGGUGAAGAUUCGCAGUCAGACGGGACGAAGGCGUAAUGUAACGCUCCAGCUACCAAAUAUCGAAAACGUGCAGUCAGGGAGUGAACGAGGGAUGAAAAGGACGUCUCGGGAACUAGAUGAAAGCGAUGAAGAAUUCAGAGGGUUUAGCCCCGAGCCACCUUUGCCCGCGGCUCGUGAACCACAUCCCAGAUUACUCCAGUGCAGCCAGAAGUCGGUUCCUGACGCAGAGGUACAGUGCCAACCGGUACUAAGGCGAUCUACUAGAGUGAAAAAGAAGAAAAUUGAUAAUGAAUUUCUGUAUUCAAAAUGAAACAAUAACUUAAUUGAAUUAUAAGAUUAACAGUAUGUAAAUAA